AUGUCCUCCAAGUCUAGCGAAAGCGCAGUUGAAGACACAGAGAGAGCAGGCGUUGCUACAUCGUCUGCAGACUCUGUUGCUUCCGUUGAUGACUUUGAAUCAGAUUCAUCUAUAAGCGACGAAUACCUUAAUGCAACGCCGAUAUCGAGGUCCGACUCUCUCAGCUCGAUCCCAUACCUCGAUCUUAACAAGAUGCUCUUGUUCUCAGACUUCGAUUUUGGAAUGGGGCUCGAUCAGGUUAGUGACUCUGCUAGGAAGAAGUUGAAAGAUAUGAAGAAGAAGACCCAGGAAAAGCUUCAGAAAUUGAAGUUAGAUUCAAGGGUGCGUACCUCACUGUCUAUGGGAGGCUCUGGAUCUCCGAAAUUCUCCUUGAAUGAUGUAGUGGACAACGCAGAACUAGCAAGGCUCCAAGAAUCCAUAAUACUAAGGUUGAGCAAAUUCGAGAAGCGUAUUGAUGCCAACUUGCAGUCCUCCGCCACUGAGAAGUUGUUUUACGCCAUUGCCGUGUUCUUGAUAGCUGUGUGUGGGUUCAUAAUCGGAAAAUAUCCAAAAUGGUUUCAUAUCUUCCACACCGUGUUAUUCUGUGUGCUUAUGCCAAUAAGGUUCUACACCUACUUCAAGCAGUCCUUCCAGUACUAUUUGGCUGAUCUUUGCUACUACGUCAACCUACUUUUGAUCUUGUUUAUCUGGGUAUUUCCUGAGUCCACCUCUCUAUUCAUUUCUGUGUUUUCCUUGACCAUGGGGACCUUAUCAUUUGCAGUAAUCACAUGGAGAAACUCACUUGUUUUGCACCUGAUUGAGAAGACAACCUCAUCCUUCAUCCACAUCAUGCCGCCAGUGUCUAUGUUUGUUAUUGUGCAUGAAAUGCCAAAGGACUUUGUCGCCCAAAGGUUCCCAGCUGUCGCAAAUGUUGAAAGUUGGCAUUUCAUCAACGGGAUUCUCUGGACCUCCUUCUAUUACACCAUAUGGCAGGUGUGUUACCAUUACUUCAUUACCAUCAAGAGAAAGGAAAAGAUUGCCAGUGGAAGAGUUACAUCUUUCAGCUACUUGAGGAAAAAGAAUGCCAACAAGGGGAUCGGAAAAUUUGUGAAUUCACUUCCAUACAACUGGAUGCAAAUUGGGGCGUUCACUCUCAUUCAAUUUGGCUACCAGAUAGGUACGAUGUUAUUUUGUCCUAUCUGGUUCAGAUACAAGCAUGCCUGUGGGGCAUUUAUGUGUUUAAUUUUCGUCGUAGCUUCCUAUAACGGUGCCACAUACUACAUAGAUGUGUUUGGUAAGAGAUUGGAUAAGGAAGUGGAGAGGUUGAAGAGAGAAGUGAUAGAAUUGAGGGAAAGGCAAAGCAAGCAGGAUGAAAGUGCUCCCGUUGGAGAACCCAAGGUAGAAGAAUUAAGUUCAAAGUGA